GGACACAUCACCCUCUGGAUUGCUUGGUCGCAGUCGGAACUCCCUUCGCCUGUUGGCGACUGCCAGGGACGACGUUUGCCAUCCUGUCAAUCUUCUUGGGGAAAACGUUGGCUGCUUUUUUUUUUAAUAGCUGCAUUUUUUUCCUCAUCCCCCCCUUCUCCCUUUAAAUGCCAGGAGGAGUGGCUGCCGGUCGGGGUCUUUUUCCUCCUUUGCUUUGGGGGUAAUUUAAAGUUUGGCGGGGUGUUUCUCCCCCCCACACCCACUUUCCAGACUCGCCCGCAUUCCGGGGGUCGAGAACCAGAGAAAGUUCAGGUUUCCACUCGUUUGGUACAUGCUGGUAGGAUACGCGUAAAGAGAUCAUCCAGGAAUGGUGGAUCACUUGCUUCCUGUGGAUGCAUCUUUCUCAUCCACCAGGCCCUCAAUUGGAUACUUUGGGGACAUGACAGCUAUUGGGAGGUCAUACCAAAUGCUGCCUUCCCCAGUGUCUGAAGAUGACAGUGAUUCCUCAAGUUUUUGUUCUUGUUCGAGCCCAGAUUCCCAGGUUCUAAGCUCCAGCUAUGGGAGUUCAUCAAGUGCUGAGAAUCAGGACAGCAUCCUGGACUACUUGUUGUCCCAGGCAUCUCUGGGGAAUGGCCAUGCUUCUUGGUGGGAUAAAAGGAGACUUCAACCCAUUGUGAAGGAGGAGAAUUUUAGAAUUCCAGAGUUCACAGUGGAGAUGGAAGAUUCCGGACCAUUCCAGCCUACCCUUGAGGAAAUAGAGGAGUUUUUGGAAGAAAACAUGGAGAUGGAUCUCAAAGAAGGACCUAAGAGUGAGACCAAAGACAUGAGAGCUUGCAGCCAAAUCACUGUAACUUCCAUACAGCAAAAAGACCAGAUGGUACCAAGUAUUACUUUAAAAGACAAUAAAAAUGAACAAUCAAAUGGUGCAAUGGAAGGCAGCCAUACAUCUAACGGAGCAGUGUCCCUUGAUGGAGGUAUACCAGUCAUGCUCCAGAUCCAGCCAGUUCAAGUUAAGCAACCGUCAGAUGUGAGCCCUAGUUCACAAGGAUCAGUGCAAGAAAACAUUAAAAUUGCACAGCUCUUGGUCAACAUCCAAGGGCAAACUUUUGCACUGGUGCCACAACUUGUCCAAUCAUCCAAUUUGAACUCAUCUUCCAAAUUUGUCCGCAUAGCUCCAGUUCCGAUAGCUGCAAAACCUAUUGGUCCAGGAGGUACAAUCCAGGGUCAAACUGGAGUCAUCAUGGGUCAAAAGUUUCAAAAGAAUCCUGCAGCAGAACUCAUUAAAAUGCACAAAUGUACUUUUCCUGGAUGUACCAAGAUGUACACUAAAAGCAGCCAUUUGAAAGCCCAUCUAAGAAGGCACACAGGGGAAAAACCCUUUGCAUGUACUUGGCCUGGCUGUGGAUGGAGGUUCUCACGAUCAGAUGAACUUUCUCGACAUCGACGUUCCCACUCGGGAGUGAAACCAUAUCAGUGCCCUGUGUGUGAGAAGAAGUUUGCACGGAGUGACCAUCUGUCCAAGCACGUCAAAGUCCAUCGAUUUCCGCGAAGCAGCCGUUCAGUGCGCUCAGUCAAUUGAUGUGUCCGGUCCGGUCCUUCCCAUCAUGCCUCUAAGAACUGCCACAAGCAGCAUUUGUUCCUUUCUUGUGAUAAUUUAUUUCUCUCCAUGUAACCGCUGCCAUUAGGACAUCACAUGUGCCUUCCUCACCCCCAUCAUUCACCAACUUUGCUAUUUUUUUUCUAAUUCUUUGUGUUGCUGCCGCUGCCACUUUUUUUUUGAAAAUUACAGCAUUUCAUUUUCAGUCAAUUGAGCUCCAACAUCAUGAUAAUAUAUGGACAACUUGCUGCUAGUUAAUUACAGUUCUGGCAUUCCUGAGCGCUUUUGCUCAUGUACAGGGCUAUUCAUCAUGAGGUUGUUUUAAAAAUGCAUAAUUCAUAUUAUUAAGUUGGCCUAUUUGUCCGCUUUGGAAAGAGCAAUGUCCUUUUGAAAUGGAAAAGAAAUCCGCUUCAUUUUCAUGAGUUCGUUUUUGUUGAUGCAAUGACUUGGUGUUGGGCUCACUAGUUAGACCUCCAUUGGUGCUCUCAAAGGAGACUGAACAGAAGAAACAUGUCAGCAAUAUGUGUAUGUGUGUGACUGAGUGUGUCUGUGUAUAGAAAGAAGGGAUUGCCAACAGGAGGAUCUUUGAUUAGACUAAGCAAUAAACCAGUGUAUGAAAUGAUCAUUCUAGUCUGAAUAAACCCUAGAUUUUUCCAGAUUGAGUGCACACCGUAUCUGAGCCUAUCAGUUGCUGCCAUUUGCAGACUUACCAGCUCUCUCUUUUGAGAAGAUGCUUCAUUGGAUCUGGCAGACUCCACUCUCCCUUGUUCUUAGCCCCAUGUAAAGAUUAGUAUGUUUGAAAAUGCCUGUUACAGUAUAUCUCACGUGGCUGGAGGAGAUAAAUAAAUUAGGAUAAGGCAUCCGUGCCUUUUCACCCAAUCACCUCUGUUUCCAAAAUAUAAUAACCUUUAGUCAUUCAGCCCAGAGAUAUGGCUUUACAUGGGUUGCCCCACAAUUUAGGCACAAGCCUUCUUUAGGUUGUAUAAAAACUAUGGUAAAUUUCAGAGAAGUAUCCUGUUGCCCAGGAUACUCCAUUUUGCACUGUUCAGAUUCAUAACCUCUGGAUUGGAUACACAGAAGGGGCUAAAAUUGGUUCUUCUCAACUUGGACAAGUGGAUAAGUGGAUUUGUCUUGCAGAAUUCCCCAAACAUCACAGUCAAGUUGGAGAAAACCAAGCUAAAGCAAUUCUCUCACAUGUACUAACUAGAAUCUGAUAACAUUCUAAACAAUUAAGCUUGCAUAAUUAAAGACUGAUACCAAAGAUGGAUA